AUGUCCUCCAUAUCGGCCCUCUUCCUCCUGGACAGCAAGGGGAAGCCAGUGCUGUCGCGGGACUACAGGGGCGACAUUCCCCUGAGGGCCGUGGACAGGUUCAUCACCAAGCUGAAUGAGGUGGAGGAGACGGGGAAGUCCAGCCCUGUGCUGGUGGACGAUGGCACCUGCUUCGUGUUCGUGCAGUAUAGUAACCUGUACCUCCUGGCCAUGUCGCGCACCAACGUGAACGCCGCCGCCAUCCUGGUGUUCCUGCACAAGCUAAUCGAGAUCUUCAAGCAGUACUUCACGGAGUUGGAGGAGGAGUCCCUGCGGGACAACUUUGUCAUCGCCUAUGAGCUCCUGGAUGAGGUAAUGGACUACGGCUACCCUCAGUUCACAGAGGGCAAGAUCCUCUCUGAGUACAUCAAGACCGACGCCCAUAAGCUCGCGAUCCAGCCCCGGCCCCCCAUGGCGGUGACCAACGCGGUGUCGUGGCGCACGGAGGGCCUGGUGUAUAAGAAGAACGAGGUGUUCCUGGACGUGGUGGAGGCGGUGAACCUGCUGGUCAACUCCAACGGCUCGGUGGUCCGCAGCGAGGUGGUUGGCGCGCUGAAGAUGCGCACCUACCUCUCCGGCAUGCCAGAGUGCAAGCUGGGCCUGAACGACAAGGUUUUGUUCGACGUGCAGGGCCGGUCUGGCCGCCAGAAGGCCGUGGACCUGGAGGACAUCAAGUUUCACCAGUGCGUCAGGCUGGCAAACUUCGAGCGGGACCGGACCAUCUCCUUCAUCCCCCCAGACGGCGCCUUUGACCUCAUGACGUAUCGUCUGAGCCAGAACGUGAAGCCCCUGAUCUGGGUGGAGUGCGCCGUGGAGCGUCACUCGCGCAGCCGCACCGAGUACCUGGUCAAGGCCCGGUCCCAGUUCAAGGAGCGCAGCGCCGCGACCUCCGUGGAGAUCUCCCUGCCCAUCCCCGCCGACGCUAUCAGCCCCACCUUCCGCACCAGCCAGGGGUCUGCCGUGUAUGUUCCCGAAAGGGAUGCGCUGGUGUGGAAGAUCAAGAACUUCCCGGGGGGGAGGGAGUUCCUGCUGCGCUGCAAGUUUGGCCUGCCCUCAGUGGCGGCCGAGGACGAGUCCCAGGGAAGGAUGCCCCCCAUCAAGGUCAAGUUCGAGGUGCGGUACCUGAAGGUGAUCGAGAGGAGCGGGUACCAGGCCCUGCCCUGGGUCAGGUACAUCACCACCGCCGGCGACUACGAGAUCCGCAGCCAGGGCCCCAAGCCCACGCUCUGA